CCAAUCAUAUUGCAGCUUACAUACCAUCUGAUGACGAGCAGCAUGUCGACCGGUUAGCCAAGCACCAUAGGAAAAACUGAAUAUGCAUGGGAACUCGCGAUGUCUACCACAAAUAAAUAAUUAACAUGAUACCGUAGAAGUUUUCUUGUUAUUUACGUGUUGUAGUUAUUUAUUUGAAUCAUGGCAGCAAUGCCACCGGAGCAAGUGGGAUAUGUUCCUGACAAAUUGAAGAAAGCAGAAAAGAGAAUUCGUACACAAUCUUACGAUACAGAAGCAUGGAGUGUGUUAAUAAGAGACUCUCAGAUGAAACCAAUAGAGAAUGCAAGACCAGUUUAUGAACAGCUUGUAGAACAGUUUCCGACUUCUGGAAAAUAUUGGAGGAUUUACAUAGAACAAGAGCUAAAGGCAAAGAAUUUUGAAAGAGUAGAAAAGUUAUUUCAAAGAUGUUUAGUAAAAGUAUUAAACAUAGACCUUUGGAAGCUGUAUCUGAACUACAUCAAAGAUACCAAGGGUUCACUUCCAUCUUACAGAGAAAAGAUGGCCCAGGCAUACGACUUUGCUUUAGACAAGAUGGGAAUGGAUAUUAUGUCCUAUCAGAUAUGGGCUGACUAUGUUAAUUUUCUUAAAUCUGUGGAAGCAGUUGGAUCAUAUGCAGAAAACCAGAGAAUAACAGCUGUACGGAAGGUCUACCAGAGAGGAGUUGUCAAUCCAAUGAUUAAUAUAGAAAUAUUCUGGAAGGAAUAUUGUGCUUAUGAAAACAGUAUUAAUCCUCUGAUUGCCAAGAAAAUGACAGAAGAUAGAGGUAGAGAAUAUAUGAAUUCUAGACGUGUUGCUAAAGAAUAUGAGGCAGUGACGAGAGGAAUAAAUAAAAAUAUGCCAUCCAUACCUCCAAUGAAUAUACCUGAAGAAGCUACACAGGUGGAUUUGUGGAAGAAGUAUAUUUCAUGGGAAAAAAGUAAUCCUUUGAAGACAGAGGACCAUGCUCUUAUAACCAGAAGAGUAAUGUUUGCUUAUGAACAGUGUUUACUCUGUCUGGGACAUCAUCCUGACAUCUGGUAUGAAGCAGCAUCAUAUUUGGAACAUUCAAGUAGGAUUUUAACAGAAAAAGGGGACCAAAAUGCUGGGAAAAUGUUUGCAGAUGAAGCUGCUGCCAUCUAUGAAAGGUCAAUUACUACAUUGAUGAAAAGUAAUAUGUUGCUGUUCUUUGCUUAUGCUGAUUUUGAAGAAGGAAGAAUGAAGUAUGAAAAGGUGCACACCAUUUAUAAAAGAUUUCUUGCCAUGCAGGAUACGGAUCCCACUUUGGGCUAUAUACAAUAUAUGAAAUUUGCCAGAAGAGCAGAAGGGAUAAAGUCAGCACGUCUUGUAUUCAAAAUGGCGAGAGAAAACAAUAAAACAAAAUAUCAAGUUUAUGUGGCAGCAGCAUUGAUGGAAUAUUACUGCAGCAAGGAGAAAAACGUGGCCCUGAAGAUUUUUGAACUCGGAUUGAAAAAAUACGGAGGACAUCCUGAAUACGCUCUUUGUUACAUGGAUUUUAUGUCACAUUUGAACGAGGAUAAUAACACAAGAGUACUGUAUGAGCGGGUAUUAUCUUCUGGACAAAUACUUCCUGAAAAAUCUAUAGAAAUAUGGAGUAGAUUUCUGGCCUUUGAAUCUGAAGUUGGAGAUUUAGCCUGUAUACAGAAAGUAGAAAAGAGAAGAGCGCAGGCAAUAGAAAAGGUUCAAGAAUUUGAAGACAAAGACACAGCUCUGUUGAUAGAUAGAUAUAAAUACAUAGAUUUGUAUCCUUGUACACAGACAGAAUUAAAAGCUAUUGGCUAUUAUGAUCUAGUUAAACAACAGGUAGUUCAGGCUCCAUCCAGCUCUGUGACUAAGGCUGUAAUGAUUGAGGAGGAUAAUAAAAGACAACCAGAGUACCCAAAGCCUGACAUAGAACAGAUGUUGCCAUUUAAACCAAAGGCUGUUGUUUUGCCUGGUUCCCAUCCUGUCUCUGGUGGAGAAUUCCCUCCACCUCCAGCAGCUGGUAGCCUUAUGACAGUGUUACCACCUCCAGAAUGUUUCCAUGGACCAUUUGUUUUAAUGGAUAAAUUUAUAGAACAUAUGAAGAAUCUGACUCUACCAGAAGCUCCAAUCAUUAUAGAAAAUGGAGUUGAAGGACUUCUCAGACCAGAUUCUGGUACUCAGUACUCAAUUGACAUUGCACUUGGCAGAAAACGAAGGAUAACAGAAGGAGAAGAUAGUGAUGAUGAAAACUCAGAAACAGCGCCACCUUUACAUGACAUUUAUAGAAGUCGACAACAGAAACGUAUAAAAUAAGAGAUUUUAUUGUUUUAAUGUAUUUAAAUGUAGUUACAUCCAUUCAGAAAGUAAAUACUGUUAGCAAACAAUUAUAUUGUCUGUAUUUAUUAGUACUGACAUAAAAUAAGAGGUUUCACUCUACUCAUAUAUUUAUGUUUGUGGUCUUGUCAAAAUGAUGCAACAAAUCUGAUAUAUAUCGGAGAAGUGUGAUUUAUCCAUCCAAUUAAUGUUAGAUUGUAACAAUGUGUUUAUUCAAUAUUGCAUGAACCUUGUUUUUUUACAUGAUAGACUAACUGAUAUUCACAGAAUUUCCAUAUAAAACUACAUUGAAGUGGCUUACAAAGUAAAAUGAAUUUAGAUAUAACUUUUUGGUUAAAUAUAUCAGAUUUGAUGCCAACUUCAAAUGUACAAACAGCUAUAGAAGGUUACCCGAUUGCUGAAAUGUUUAUUUAUGAAUGACAUUGGCAUUUUGUAUUCUGGUUUCCAUCCAAACUGGUUAAUUUGACCACUAGGCUCAAAACUCAAUUUAAUUGGCUGGUUUAAAAAGUUUCCAUUUGCCAUUAAAAUAGGAUGUAUUAUUAUAUACAUGUACCAUGAUUGAUCUACUGAUUACAUCCAUCCUGAGGACAUGUUACAAUGAAUAAUUUUUUGUCUCCCCAUUAACAAAAUACAAUACCUAUAAGUGCAAAUCUGGCAACAGCGGCAUUAGCUCUUUGUAUGAAUCUUUAUAUUUUAGAAAGUAUUAUAUAAACAAAUAGACCCUGAAUGUUAAGCUGAGUACCUGACAAAGUAUUUAUGAUCUCUGUUCCUGGAUGUGACAAGAAAAAUAAAAAGAGUUUGUUUCUGGUUUACUUGACUUAUCUGGAAAACUCUGUAAGGCAAAUACAUGAUUAUUACCUCAGUCAUGUUUGUUCAUUCAGAGUUGUUACAAAACAGUGAAACUUUUAUUCAAAUAUCUAAUACUUAAGUAUCUGCACAAUGUUCACAAUAAGGAUACAAAUUUGUGUAAAGAUUUUGAGUAUUUUGACUAUUUUCAUUGCAUAGAAAAAGUCCUGGUAGGGUCAAAGAAAGGUUCAAACAUAUAUAAAUACAUUUUUUUUUGUAAUAGAUUUGUUACCUUGUUUAAUUUUCUAGAAAAAUCGGUUACAUCCAUUUGAGCAGAAUGUCAGUGUUUUGUAAUGUAUUUGUACACUAAAUUUAGAGUUUGAGAACUUCACAUUAUAUCUGACCUUAAUUUUGCAUUGGUUGACACAAUGACGUUUGCAAAACAAUUGGAUGUGUUGACAAAUAAUUUCACUAGCAAACAAACUGAAAUACAUUAUUCCAUUACUAUGGAGGAGAAAAAUAAGUAAUAGAUAAAAUAUUCCUUUAUGAAAUGUCUAGCUCUUUCCUUUGGGUUUUCACAACUUUUAAGAUUUACUAUAAAAAAACGAAAUAGCAUUUGGUACUUGUAUUUCAGAAACUUUAUAUCAUAUGAGUGGAAAUUUUGAUAUGCCAGAAAUAAAGUACAAAAGCAGGUAAAAAAUUGAUGAAGUUAGAUUUCACUAUUUGGACUAUAUUCUCUUCAUAAUGAUAAAAUUUCUGACUGCUCUUAUGUCCAGCAUUUGAUGCUCUGGGUUUGCGAGAAAAGAGAAAUUAACUUGUAGAUGUAAGAGUGCACUCAAUUUAACUAUAAUAUGUAGUAAUUACUUUUAGUGAAGAUUAUAUCCUCACUGAAAGAAGUCAAUGAAUUGGGUAUCGUUGUGAACUACAGUAAAUGAAUUGAUUACCAUUGUUGUUAGCAUACAAUGUGAUUUGUAGUAUCAUGCAUUGUCUUUUUUGGGGGAAAAAAUUUCUUGGGCUGUACGUUUCCUUUUACUUGUACUAUAAUACUGUUCUUAUUUCUGUAUGGAUCAUUGUUUUAAGAUGAAUUAAACUUUGAAUUUGUGACUUUCAUUUGAAAGAUAAUGUGACUUUUGAUGUUUUGAAUAUGAAUCAUUUAAAGUUCUGACACUGAAAGUUGAUCUGAUGCAUAUGGUAUCUAGAAAAGUUGGAAAUAAUGUGUUCUUUUGAGUUAAUCAAUUGUGUUAUACUAUCCUCAUGUCAACAAUUCAUUAAUGUAUACAUUUAUAUAUGUAGAAAGAAUAUCAUUUUGUCAAAUUUCACAGAAGACAGAAAAAUAAUAAAAAGGAUUUAAAAGAC